AUGACCCUGAACCGUUACGAUGACAUGGAGUACAAUGUCACAGUCGCAGGCCUUAGUAGUUCUGCUGAUCAUGGAUGUUCUUGGUGUACGCUGCUGCUGGAAAACAUCCUUAAGAACACCAAACCUAAGGGGAACUGGCCACCGCUCAUCAACCUCCUAUCCGUCAACAUCGCUUGCGAAGACGAAGAGUAUGUAUGUGAGAUCGUGCUAGGCGCAUUUACCGCGUCCCGGACGCAUGCGGCAGACUUUUUUCUGUCGAUACCGGAGCGCAAAACAGCACCACUGGGCUUCAAUGUUGAGAGAUGUCAGAAGUGGCUCCACGCGUGUCAAAAUUCUCAUGACCGCUGUGCAGGUGGAAAGUCUUAUCUGCCGACUCGCAUACUAGACGUUGCGCCUCAGAUGGGCGACUCGUACGUGGCGCUUCACGUCAGUCAGCCGAAAGAAGUGGCGGCCUAUCUUGUUCUCUCAUACAGAUGGGGUGGGCCUCAACAUAUCACGUUGGCAACUUCAACGAUGGAAGCCUUCUGCAACGGCAUAAAGCUAGAUACUCUACCGCAGACCUUGAAGGACGCAGUUGAAGUGACGAAAGGUUUCAAUGUUCGAUACCUCUGGGUGGAUGCUUUGUGUAUUAAGCAGGACUCUGCAGAAGACAAAGCAAUGGAAAUAUCGAAAAUGCAUCAGUACUACAGAAACGCAAGCGUGGUAAUUCAGCCAACGGGGUUGAAAUCAGUGCAAGAUGGCUUUCUUGGAAAAAACAUAAACGCCCCACACAAGCCAGAUAUUGCGCCCACGACUAAUCCGAAGAUACUCGAAGAGUACUUCAUCAGGGUACCAUUUUUCACCCUGAAUGGCAUUGAAGAUUCAAUACUUCUACAAAGUGAUCCUACGAUGUACGAGCCCAGAAACGAACCUCUCAACCAUCGCGCUUGGGUUCUUCAGGAGCGCCUCCUGGGUCGUCGACUGUUAAUAUUUCCUUCCAGCGGAGGGCUUGUGUGGCGAUGCGAACUAUACGAGCAAACCGACGGUCGAGUCUAUAUGUCGAAGGCGGCGACUGAAGGACGGGAACGCGUAAUGCGUCAAACGUCGCAAUCGCUUCAGCCGCAGGAGAUCCACUAUUCAUGGAGAGCCAUAAUUGACUUUUAUAGCGGCUGCGACAUGACAGAUCCGGCAGAUAAACUGGUUGCGAUUGGCGCGGUUGCGGACCACUACUUCGAACUUUAUGGGACACAACUUGGCACAUACUGCGCGGGACUGUGGUUCAAUUUUUUGGUGCGAGAUCUUGACUGGUAUCUCCACCCGGACUCUCUGAGCGCAAGACCGAGAAUAUACAGAGCCCCGACAUGGUCUUGGGCUGCUGUAGACGGGCAACUUGUUGACUUUUACGGCAUCCGGCCAGUCGAGGACAAAUGUCCUGCCAAGAUCAUAAGCUGUGAGACCAUCCUUUCUUGCGCCCAAGCGCCCUUUGGUUCUGUCUCAGGCGGAUGCCUCAGGCUUGAAGGCGCCUUGAAGAAAUUCACCUGGUCUGAUAAUUCCGGAUCCAUGAGCUUGUUUGACGACCAGUCACAGAUGGAAUGUCCAGACUACGACCUGUCAGUUUAUCCGGACAGUCUGGAAGAUGUAAUAAUCGACAGGGAGACACUUUCUUUUCUUCUGCUACGAUCCUGGUCAAUGCACAAUUUUGACGAAGGGAAAUGGAUCAUGAGUGGAUUGAUGCUACAGCCAACGGAAGGUGGAUUGCACCGGCGAACGGGAGCUUUCUUGUGUACAACAUACAACGAGACGUGGUUCGAUCAGUAG